UAACGUCUUUUUUUUUUCUGCUCUGGCUCGUCUCGGUCCUGUGAAACUGACACCGGACUUUGUUGGACCGGACCAGGAGCAGACACAGCAUCAUCACACAGAGCCUGCAUGUCAGCAGCGGAUCUGCUGGGUCCGUGUCCUCACAGAUGAGGGCUCAGACCCUGGGGUCCGGGACCAUGCUGCACGUCGCAGCCGAAGCGUUCCGGGCCAAGAAGUUCGAGCUGGCCGCGGAGAUCUACGAGUGUCAGCUGGCGGGGCUGGGAGACCCGGGAGCCCGGCUGGAGCUCAUGGUCCGGCGGGCAGACGCGCUCGCCUACGGGGGCAAACUCCCGGAAGCCCUGGCGGUGUACCGCCAAGCCUCGGAGACGGAGCGGCUGCAGCCCCGGCACCUGGACAAGCUCAUAGACUACCUGUCCACCCGGGUCCGGACCCCGCGGGGCCGCGGCGGGGGCAGGGCGCUGCGCUCCGGUUUCGGGGACUUGUCGUGCGGCUUGUGUCUGAGCUUCCUGCUGGAGCCCGUCACCCUGCCGUGCGGACACAGCUUCUGUAGGAGGUGCCUGGACCGGGACCGGGACCGGGGACAGCCCGUCCUCUGCAGGGACUGCGGGGACAGCUGCAAGGGGGUCCAGAGCUUCAGGGUCAACGUGGUCCUCGGUCACCUGCUGGCCAAGUGGUUCCCGACCUGGUACCGGGCCAGCCGGCUGAGGCGGGAGGGCAACGGGCUGUACGCGGAGAGGAGGCUGGAGGCAGCGCUGGAGACCUACAACCAGGCCAUCCUGAUCGCCCCCACAGACCACAUCCUGUUCAGUAACCGGUCUCAGAUCCAGUCCAGUCUGAAGCAUCAUGAGAAGGCUCUGAUGGAUGCAGAGACAGCCUGCAGACUCAUGCCCCUCUGGUCCAAGGGUCAUGUUCGGAAGGCUCAGGCCCUGGUGUCGUUCGGCAGGACUGAGGAGGCUCUGAGAGAGUACCUGAUCUGUCUGUCUGUAGAGCCCGACUGUAGGCUGGCUAAAACAGAGGCUCACAAGCUCCUCAGUGAGAUUCUGGCUCCCGCCACAGACCAGGUCCCUGAACACAUCUCAGACUGCUCCAACAUCCUGUCUUCCAGAGCGCACAUCAAAAGCAGCAUCAGUUCUUCCAUCCAGACCCCCAGUCCUGGACUGUUGUCCUCAGAGCCCACUCUCUCUGCACCUGAGCGGUCAGACGGGAGUCUGGAAAACACUGAACCCAAAACGAUCCGUGACUGUCUCCUCCUGAAACGGAAACGAAGGAGCAUAGAGGAGGAGGAACAGGGACACCAGAAGAAAUCAAAGACAGAACCAGAACCUGGGUCAGAUUCUUUGAGCUUCGUGUCCACUGACCUCAUGGACCCGAUAGAUGUGGAGUGUUCUCUGUGUAUGAGGCUGUUCUACGAGCCGGUGACGACGCCAUGCGGUCACACAUUCUGCCUGAAGUGUCUGGAGAGGUGUCUGGACCACAACCCCAAGUGUCCCCUCUGUAAAGAAGAGCUGUCUGAGUACCUGGUCCAGAGGCAGUGCUGUAAGACGGUAGUGAUGGAGAAGCUGAUAUCCAAGUAUCUUCCCUCUGAGUUCAUGGAAAGACAGAGAAUCCACCUGGAGGAGAUGGCUGAACUUUCCAACCUUAACAAGAACGUGCCUGUGUUCGUGUGCACCAUGGCCUUCCCCACUGUGCCCUGUCCUCUCCAUAUCUUCGAGCCCUGCUACAGACUGAUGGUCCGCAGGUGCAUGGAGACGGGAACCAACUGCUUUGGCAUGUGUCUGGAGGACGGCCUCAAAGGGUUUGCAGACUACGGCUGCCUGUUGGAGAUCCGUGAUGUCAAAUUCUUUUCCGAUGGCCGAUCAGUGGUGGACACGAUCGGUAGACGGAGGUUCAAGGUCGUUCAGCACCGCGAGAGGGACGGCUACAACACAGCUGAUAUAGAGUACCUGGAGGAUGUGAAGGUGGAGGGUGAGGCGGAGCGUGAGCUGCAGUCUCUACAUGAUGCUGUGUACGAGCAGGCUCUGGUUUGGGUCAACUCUUUGAAGGCUGAGCAGAGACAGCGCAUCGAAGGACAUUUUGGACCCAUGCCAGAGAAGGACUCUGAACUUCAGGCCAGUCCCAACGGUCCCUCGUGGUGUUGGUGGCUACUCGCCGUUCUUCCUCUGGAGGGCCGGGCCCAGCUACCCUUCCUGGCCCUCACCUCCCUGAAGGACCGCCUCAGCGGCAUCCGGAAGGUUCUGCUCUUCAUGGCUCAGAGCAAACACCGGUGACCGGGGGACGGACCGGCCGCACGGCCUCGCCGGUUGGCGCACGGAGCCCCGCUGCCAUCAGAGAUAAAAACAAGUCGGAGGCCAACGAUGGAGAAUCCUCUGUGCUUCCGUUCCUCUUGAAGCUGACAGGGUGGAGGACGUGCCCACCUCAGCUUGGUUCAGACAGGAGGGGGAUCUGAAAACAAAAAGACUCAAAUGUCUUCAUCUGUCCAGACUUCCUCGUUGCUCCUCCUCUUUCUACACGUGUGCAGCUCGACAUGCUGGCAUUCCCCUCAGCACUGCAGAGCUGAAAAAGAAACCAGUCCCAUUUCAGAGUUCAACAUUCAUCAACACAGCAACCUUUAAAUCUGCACUCAGUUCACUCAGAUAAGCUUUAAAUAUGAUUGGUCUUAUUGAAGAAUAAACUCGUUAUAAUUCCAGACAAA